GUGCUACAUAAAAUGGAGGCACCGCUGGGAUCAGUCUUGGGGUAUUAGUGAAGCGCUUAGUGCUAAAGCCGUGUUUUCUUUUUGAAUAGUAUAUGUCCAUUUGUUGAAAAUGAGUGUUCGAACCAAGUUAGCUUUAGAGUUGAGGGGUUGGUGUCGGGGUUUGGAAAUCAACGAAGCCCACUCGUUAUUGGUUGUUAUCCCUGAUAGUGAGAGCGUCCCUGCGAAUGAACAGAUUGAAGAAAUUGUACAAUCAAUUAAAUGCUUAGGUCGUGUUCGUGUCAGAGGACAGGCAUUCAGUUCUGAGCUUAAUAGUGCCCUAGUCGUAUGUGAGUGUAAGGAGCGUGUACAAAAAGACCGGGUUCCUUCGGAAAUCGUUCCUGUUGUUGGGGGUGAUCAGUGGCUUAUAAUAUUAGCAGAUCUUACUCCAUCGCCCGAUGCCCCACCUUCGUUGUCUGAUUUCGGUGAUAAACUGAAGGCUUUGUUACGGACAGAAGGCAGAACUGUGGAGGACAUAUAUUCCUUGUUCCCUCCCGCACGCUCUUUGGCAGGUACCACUGAAUCGGUAUUGAGUGCCGUGGGAGAAUUUUUGGAGAGAUCCAGAAAGCCCUUUACAGAGGGGGGCAGCUAUAAGCGUUUGAGAGUUUUCUCAGGUGUGUUGCCUACACCGGGUGGCGAAGACUCGUUCGAACAAUGGAAGGAGCAGGCACUACUCUUUAUCGAAGAGUCUGACUGUUCCGAGAGAGAGAAAAGAAGGCGGUUGGUUGAAAGUCUCAGGGGUCCAGCUUUUGAGAUAGUUAAGGCAGCCCGUACUGCAAAGGCGGAUAUUACUCCCGCAGAGUGCGUUGCGUCCCUGGAUGAUGCGUUUGGAUCUGCAGAAUCAGGCGAGGACCUGUAUUUUGCAUUCAGACUACUUCAGCAGCAAGCAGAUGAGAAAUUGUCUGGGUUUUUAAGGCGCCUUGAACAGUCCUUGCUAAGAGUAGUGGAAAGAGGAGGCGUGGCCCCGGCUUGGGCCGCUACCGCACGUAUAGAGCAGUUACUAAGGGGAGCCAAGUACUCUGAGUUAAUGUUAGUUAACCUCCGUUUGAGAGAACGGAAAGGGAACCCACCGACCUUUUUGCAGCUCUUAAAAGAGAUACGUACAGAGGAGGAAUAUGAAGUUUCAAGAACCAAGAUUGGGACCUCUGUUAGUUAUGGGAGCGUGCAAAUGAGUAGGGAGUCACCACAGUCAGCGAUCCAGAGUUUAAAGCUAGAGGUUAAAGAGCUGAAAAGCUUGGUUUCGGCCGCAGCGGUUAGGACUGUGCCUAGUCAGACAGAGGGCGCAGGGGCGGGUGUGACCCGAACCGGUGUAGUGGACCUUCGGCAAGAGUCGGAAAUAGCGGCGUUAAAGAAACAAGUUAAGCGACUGCAGGACAAGUUGAAUAAUAAAAUGACUGAUAACAGGUCGUCAGUCCCAAUUUCGGCUGUUGAAGCACCUAAACGAGCCUCUAAUUCCUCCCGUAGCCCUACCGAUGAUGAGCGGUUUUGCUAUAGAUGUGGAGAAAAUGGGCACUUUGCAGCUAAAUGUCAGAACUUGGGAGAUCAAGCUAAAGUUAUAAAGAGACUUGUUCAGGCUUUGAGAAUCAGUAAAGGCAAGGAAGGUAAAGGUACCAUAGUGAGUGAAGUUAACUGUGAUGCAAUGAAAGGGGCGGCCACUACACCGAAGGUGGCGCAAGUCCCUGAUGGUUUGAUUGGUCCGCCUAGCCUUGUGCCUUUAAAAGUUAACGGCAUCCCGUGUAAAGCGUUGUUGGACAGUGGCUCACAGGUCACUAUCAUAUUUGAGUCCUGGUACAGGGAGCAUCUAACCAGUAUUCCCAUUCAACCAGUGGCAGGUUUGAACUUGUGGGGUCUGAGUGAUUCUCAGGUAAGCUAUCCAUAUAGGGGUUAUGUGGUAGUGGAUGUUGAGUACCCAGCAGAAAUCAUUGGAUCUUGCAAGACGGUUUCAAUUCCUGCCCUCAUAUGCCCAAAUCCUAAAACUUCUGAUCAGGUUUCGGUCAUUGUUGGGACAAAUGCCAGUCAUGUUAGGCGGCUGGUGCAGCAGUGUAGGGAAAGAGGAAUUGAUGUCGCUCAUGCGUUUGGCAUACAGACCCGUAAUGCCGACGUAAAGUGUUCAUCGAACACUAGCCAACCUACGGUAGAAUUAGAUUAUGAGGUUGGGUGUGUGAAAUGGCAGGGGCCAGGCACAUUGAUGCUGGGUCCAGGUCAGGAGGCGAAUGUAAUCUGUAAAGCCAAAGUAAAGCCCGAUGUUAGUAGAGAAAUAUUGAUGGUCGAUGCUUCACCUAUUGCUCCGCUUCCGGUAGGGGUCUUCCUUCAGCCGAUGGUGGUGCCAGGCAGUGCAGUGGAGGCCGUCAGUUUUAGAGUCUUGGUGAGAAAUGAGUCAUCCAGACAGACUGUUAUACCAGUGGGUACUGUCAUUGGUAGGUUGCAGCUUACUGAUUCGGUGACCACAAUGGCGUCCGAAAGAACGAAAGUAGAUAAGUUGAAUGCUGAUUUGAUUAAUUUUGGGGACUCGCCCGUUCCUGAAGAAUGGAAAGUCAGGUUGUGCAAAAAGCUGUCUCUGAGAUCCCAUGUAUUCUCCCUACAUGAAUGGGAUGUGGGUGUGGCCAAGGGAGUGGAGCAUAAGAUCAGAUUAGCUGAUCCUAGUCCGUUCCGCUUGCGCUCGCGAUGUAUUCCACCCGCAGACAUGGAGGAUGUGAGGAAGCACCUCCAGGAGUUGCUUCGGGCAGGCAUCAUUAGAGAAUCUCGCAGUCCUUAUGCCUCACCAAUAGUAGUGGUUAGGAAGAAAAGUGGUGCAGUGCGAAUGUGCAUAGACUAUAGGCUGCUGAAUGGCAGGACAAUUCCAGAUCAAUAUACCACACCUUGUAUUGAUGAAGUAUUGAAUGUGCUGUGCGGGAGUAAAUGGUUCUCGGUCCUGGAUCUUAGAAGUGGUUACUAUCAAAUAGCGAUGAAUGAAGAAGACAAGGAGAAGACAGCAUUUAUAUGCCCUUUAGGUUUUUAUGAGUUUGAAAGAAUGCCACAGGGGAUAUCGGGGGCCCCAGCAACUUUUCAGCGCUUAAUGGAGAGGGCCGUAGGGGAUAUGAACUUGCUGCAAGUGAUUGUGUACUUAGAUGAUCUCAUUGUGUUCGGCAGGUCUCUUGAAGAGCACGAGGAGAGAUUGCUGAAGGUUUUGGAUCGUCUUGGGGAGGUGGGGCUGAAAUUGUCUUUAGAUAAGUGCCAGAUAUGUAUGUCAAAGGUUAAGUAUCUGGGACACAUUGUUUCAGCCCAGGGUGUGUCCCCGGACCCCACAAAGAUUGAGGCAGUCACUAGCUGGCCUAAGCCUGUUAAUUUGAAAACCUUGCAGUCAUUCCUUGGAUUCUGCGGUUACUAUCGUAGGUUCAUUGAGAAUUAUGCUGCCAUUGUGAAACCGUUGACCGAUCUGACAAAAGGCUAUGAGCCUAAACAGAAGAGUUUAAAGCAAGCCAUUAAAGCAGUCGAUUCUUAUCCGAAAGAGUCGAGUCCUUUUGGCUCAAGAUGGACUGAUGACUGUGAUAGAGCUUUCCAUGACGUUAUAGAUUGCCUAACACAUGCUCCAGUUUUGGCUUUUGCUGACCCAAAGAAGCCAUAUGUCUUACAUGUAGAUGCCAGUUUGAAGGGUCUGGGAGCAGUUCUUUAUCAGGAAUAUCCUGAGGGCCUGAGGCCGGUGGCCUUUGCCAGCCGUAAGCUAAAGCCGUCAGAGAAGAACUACCCUAUUCACCAACUAGAGUUUCUAUCUUUGAAGUGGGCUGUAGUGGACAAGCUGCACGAUUAUUUGUAUGGCGCAAAUUUCACUGUUCGUACAGAUAAUAAUCCCCUUACAUAUAUCCUCACCUCAGCUAAGCUUAGUGCGGUUGGACAUAGGUGGUUAGCUGCGCUGUCCACUUACACUUUCGAUGUGAAAUAUCGCCCUGGUCGUCAUAACAUAGAUGCGGACUUGUUGUCACGAAAUAUGUCAGAUGAGAAGGCAGAGGAGUGGGUGACUAUACCUCAAACUGGAGUUAAGUCCAUCUGUCAGUGUCUCAAGGUUCAAAUGUCGGAGAGUGAGCCUGUCCGAUGUGUUGAUCAGUUAGGUGCUCAUCCUAAUGGUGUGCCAGCAGCCUAUUGUUGUCCCACGCAAUUGGGGUUGACCGCGUUGGAACAAGUGUCCAGCAAGGAACUAAGAGAUGCGCAAGAAGCAGACAACCUCAUAGGACCCGUAAUGCAGACUAUUCGGAGUGGAAGUUGGCCUGUGGGUGUGAAACCUAGUCGUGAGCUGUCUAAUAUGAGACGGGAGCUAGGGAAGAUGAUUAUAAGAGAUGGACUCCUCUAUCGACGGAGCCAAAGAGGUUCCAGAGACGAGAAGGUUCAGCUAGUUUUGCCAAAGCGGUUCCAGGAGACUGUGUUAAGGUCUCUGCACGAUGACCAAGGACAUUUAGGGGUUGAAAAGACGUUUGAGCUCGCUCGGAGUCGAUUUUUCUGGCCUAAGAUGGUCGGAGAGAUUGAGCGAUACAUAAAAAGCUGUGGGCAAUGUGUUGCAUUUAAGUCGCCAUGCCAAAGGUUUGCCCCUUUGCAACAGAUCAAUAGUAGUGGGCCUAUGGACUUGGUCUGUAUAGACUUUCUUUCGAUGGAGCCUGAUUCUAAGGGACUAGGCAAUGUUUUAGUGGUAACCGAUCACUUCACACGCUAUGCGCAGGCUUUCUCUACAAAAAGCCAGAAGGCUAGUGUGGUAGCUAAAGUGCUACUUGAAAAGUAUUUUGUGCAUUAUGGGCUUCCAGCCCGUAUUCAUUCCGACCAAGGCAGAGACUUUGAAAGUCGCCUAAUUCGGGAAAUGUUGGCAAUCCUGGGGAUUCGAAAAUCGAGGACUACGCCAUAUCACCCCCAGGGUGACCCGCAGCCGGAAAGAUUUAAUAGAACACUCAUUUCCAUGCUGGGUACUCUGAGUCGGGAAAAGAAGCGAAGCUGGAGCCAAUACGUGAGUUGCUUGGUGCACGCUUAUAAUUGUACCAAGUGUGAUAGUACUGGUUAUUCGCCGUACUAUUUGAUGUUUGGUCGUGAAGCAAGGCUCCCUGUGGAUCUUUGUUUUGAUACUUGGUUGGGGAUGGUCGAGGCUGUUUGUCACUCCCGAUAUGUCGAGAGAUUGAAGGAGGAUCUAAAAGAGGCCUUCCGAUUUGCAUCUGAGGCCGCGAAUCAAAGGCAUUUAAGGAAUAAGCGCCUCUAUGACAAGAAAGUGGGUUUUCAGUCCUUAAAGGCGGGAGACAAAGUGUUGUUCCGAAAUCUAGGUCUCAGAGGAAAGCAUAAGUUGGAGAGCAGGUGGAAUCCAUGUCCGUACCUUGUGGUGGGGAAACUGCCUAAUCUGCCUGUGUUUAAAAUAGAGCCAGCUGAUGGCAAAGGUGGAGUUAAGACUGUCCAUAGAGAUCAUCUACUCCUCAUUGAUGCUCAGGUUAGAAUUCCUAAAGUCGACCUGGAGGAUGGGAUGCCUAGAAAACCGCGAACUAGAGCAGAUGAACACAAAAGGCGAGUAGACAACAUUGAGCCUGAGAAUGUUACUGAGGUCCAACAGCAGUUGUCGGAAUCCUGUUCUGAUUCUGAGUAUGAUGUGCCUGAGAGAUAUCGCUAUUCUGAUGAUGAUUUGUUGACGGGUAGUAGAACUUCAUUGGGGAUAGUGUCCUCUCAAGGGGAGGAAGAACAGAAUUUAGCCGAUGACGGUGUGGCAUUGGAAGAACUAACUGAUUAUGAGUCAGGAACAGCAAUUAGAGCUGGUAGUGAAAACACGCCGGGGAGAGAUGUUGAGGGAACUGAUGCAUCUGAUUUGGUCAAAGUGACAGGGAUCAGAGAGCCAGAGGGUACGAUUGUGUCUGAGUCUCGGGGUGAUAGCUCUAGAAAUGAUAGGCCUAAAAGAAAGGUAAAACCGGUGGUUAAGUUAACAUACGACCAACCAGGGGUUUCUAGAGAUCAUGCGAUUACCAUACUGCAUGGAGGGAUUACAAUAAAAAUAGAAGCUUAAUUCGUGUUGCACUCUUAGUGCUAUAGGGGUCUGAUGAGGACACAGACACUUUAAGAGGGGGAGGGUGUAGCAGGGUUAAAAUAUUUUGUUUAUUUCAUGUUUCAUUUGUUUUUAUGACUAGGUGACAGAGGUGUGUU